CCAAACCUGAGCCACCAUAUAGCCUUUAUCGUGACUUUGGCCCUGACCUCAUUUUCAACAUAUGGGACCCCCUCCCCUUCCCAUCAGUUGUUUUCUCCCAUACAAACCCCUAUAAUAACAAGCCUUAGCUCCAUUCCUGCUUGAAUCAUCUCUCAGCUUUCUUGAUCUUCUUCUUGGUAGCUAUCGAUCGGUGUGUUGUUGUUGCUGAUUGUUGGAAGAGCUACUAAAGAUGGCUCGGGGAAGAGGCAAUGCAUCUGCAGUGGUGAUCCUUGGGCUCACACUACUCUGCCUGCUUGUUCACUGUGAGAUGGUCCAUGCCGCAACCUUCAUGGUCGGGGAUGCUGGUGGUUGGACAUUUAACACCGCUGCCUGGCCUAAUGGAAAGAGUUUUCGGGCUGGUGAUGUACUUGUUUUCAGGUACAGCCCAGCGAUCCACAACGUAGUUGCAGUAGACAGAAAUGGCUACAACAGUUGCACCACCCCAAGAGGUGCUAGAGUGUUGACAACGGGGAACGACCAGAUCAAACUGGCUAGGGGACAGAACUACUUCAUCUGCACCAUUGCUGGCCACUGUCAGGCUGGAAUGAAGAUUGCCGUCACCGCUGCUUGAUCCAAUCAGCUUUGAGCAGUACUACUAGUUCUCUUAGAGAAGCAGCAUACCGUAUAAUUAUAUAGCAGAAAAUAAAGUAGCUAGUAUAAUAUAAUAUCGUCAAAUCUUACUGUAAUAGAUGGAUUGGGAUUUGGAAAUAUAAACUUUUGUGUGACAGUAGAGAGUGGCUUCUGAAUAUAUAAACGAAUAUUUGAUUUAGUACA